GGGGCACCCCCAGCGUCCGGAGUUUGGCCGAUUCACCCUGAGCUGGGUCAUGUCUGUGAAGAUUCAGACGAGAAGUGACGAAACCCGAAGAUUUCUUUGUUGCCAGAUUCUAGACUCGAGUCUCCCCCUCGCUCAUUAUGGCAACACGAAAGUGCCUGAGCCCGCUCAUAAAGGCACCAAAGUCAAUUGCCAACUCCAUCUGUCAUCAAUGUCAACGAUCUUUCGUGACGACACCUACUCAAUUGGCUGGUCACAACAAGUGGUCUAAGACAAAACACAUCAAAGCUGUAACUGAUAAGAAGAAGAUGACUGAGAGAUCUAAUUUCACUAAGACGAUUGCUAUGUAUUCAAGAAUGUAUGGAGAUGAUGUCAAAUUCAACCCUCAACUGGCCACUGCAAUAAACGCUGCAACAAAAGCAAGUAUACCAAAGAACUUAAUCGAGGGCGCAAUUGCACGAGGUCAAGGUCGUUCAGCCACAGGUGCACAGCUCGAGUCUAUGUCUCUGGAGGUCCUCAUGCCCCCUGAUAUCGCGAUGGUCAUCGAUGCUGAGACAGACAAUAAGACUCGGACCCUUCAUGACCUGCGCCUCGUGGUGAAGAAGGCCGGCGGAGUGGUUGGUUCAACAACCUUCUACUUUACAAGACGUGGUAGAGCCGUUUUCAAAGCCAAGGAGUGCGGACCGUCACUCUCAGAUGUUCUGGACGAGGCGAUUGAGCACGAGGGGAUGGAAGAUGUUGAGGAACUGCCAGAAGGUGACUUCUUGGCUUGGACCCAGCCAAACACGUUAGCAGCCAUCACCGAGGCCCUGUCCAAGAAGUUUGAGCUUGAGAUUCUCGACGCAGACAUUGUAUGGGCACCGAAUGAGGACACAAAAGUCAGCAUUGAUACAACAGAGCAAGCAGAUGCUCUCGACAUGCUCUUCAACGGACUCAAGGAAUAUCCGGAGGUCAGAGCCAUUUAUGCCAAUGUGCGCCAGGGAGCUGUAGGGGACGCAGAGUGGGACAAGGUUGAAAGAAACCUGGAUGUAUAGAACAUAGAACAUCGACGAGUUCUUAACAAAGAUGCUGUAUUUUGCCCAUGCCAACAGAGGGGGAAUAUUUCCAGUACCUUCCAAACGCCAUGAAUACAUCGAUAAUGCUGUCUUUGCCGAACCCUCUGGCUAAUAAUGUACAUGCUUGAAUCCGAUUCGCUGGGCUUCAAGAAUCGGACUGGCCAUUCUCGGGCUGCUGUGCUGCUCUUUUGCGUUCCUCCUC